CUUCCGGUCCACAUCGCUUCAACGUGAUUUUGUUUACAAAAGCUCGUAUAAUUUUUUGGUUUAUUAUUGGAGGUUAGCAGCGUCAAUUAAAAAUGAAGUUACUUACGCAUAACAUGUUGACGUCUCAUGUAAAAGGAGUCACGAAAGGAUACCCGCUGCUCAUACAGGCGACCGAGGUCAAAUUUAACGAGGUGGAGUUUAACCCUGAAUUUAUCAGUAGGAUGAUUCCCAAACUGGAGUGGAGUGCUCUUAUCCAUGCUGCACAGGAGCUGGGCCACCGACAAGACUUACCUGAUGAUCUACUUCCAGAUUAUGACAAAAAUGAAGAAUUCCUGAAGAAAGUGCACAAAGCAUUACUCGAGGUGGAGGUGAUGGAGGGCUGUCUGAAAUGCCCUGAAUCAGGGCGGGAGUUUCCCAUUUCUAGAGGCAUUCCGAACAUGCUGCUGAACGAAGAUGAGGUGUAGAUGGCGGAUCACUCUUUGACAACUCUAUGAGCAGUCUUCAAAAAGAGCCUUUGUUUUUUGAAAGGUUUUCAGAUUGAUGCAAACAAAGACAACUUUGAAUAUUGUUAGGUUCUAUUGAGUUAAAAUGUAUAAUUUGUAAUUUGAAAUAUUGCACCGUAGUUUGUAUUUUUUAUUAAAAUCCCUUUACAAUAAA